AUAGGGGGGAGGGAAAUUUUUUUCUUUCGUCAUCGCGAUUUUCAUGCCUUUGUUCGGGCCUUUCGUCUGAUAUAUAAAGAGGGACCGCAAAUUUGGUCGACAUUCAAACAUUCUCUGUCAUCUCUUCUGCGAACAGCCAUGGCAUCGCGGAAGAUCUUAACACUGUUUCUGACCGUUCUGUUUCUUGGGGGACAUAUUGCGGCGAAGGAAGCAAAGAAAGACGCUGUGAAAGAAAAAGAAGCUGAAGAAACAGCUAAAAUCAUCUCCGAUUUGAUUGCUGAAGCAACCAACUAUGGCGGAGGAGCUGUAGCAGCCGCUGGUGGGUAUGGAGGUGAUGCUGGCGGAUAUGGUGGUGGUGAUGCUGGCGGAUAUGGAGGCGGUGCAGCAGAUAGCGGAUAUGGUGGCAGUGCUGCAGCUGGCGGAUAUGGCGGAGGUGCUGCAGCUGGUGGAUACGGCGGCGGUGCCUCAGCUGGCGGUUAUGGCGGUGGUGCCUCAGCUGGCGGUUAUGGUGGUGGUGCCUCAGCUGGCGGAUAUGGGGGUGGAGCUAGCGGCGGAUAUGGAGAGGAAGCUGCUGGAGGCUAUGGAGGUGGUGCCUCAUCAGGUGGAUAUGGAGGAGAAGCAUCAUCAGGAGGUUAUGGAGGUGGCGCCUCGUCUGGUGGCUAUGGAGGCGGAAGCUCCAGUGGUGGCGGAGGGAAACAUGCUGUACUUUUAGCCGUUCCUGUUACAUUCGCUUUAGCUGAUGCCGGCAAAGGAGGUUCCUCUGGAGGAUAUGGAGGAGGAAGCGCAGGAGGAUAUGGAGGAGGUGCAAGUGGAGGUGUCUCUGGAGGUAAAGCUGCAGGUGGUGCUGGAGGGUAUGGAGGCAGCAGUGGAGGAUAUGGUGGAAGCAGUGGAGGUGGCUAUGGAGGCAGUUCAGGAGGAGGUUAUGGUGGCGGAUCUGGUAAAAGCGCUAAAGGAGGCUCUGGCGGAGGAUACGGUGGAGCUCAAGGAGGAGGUUAUGGAGGUGGACAAGGAGGUGGAUAUGGAGGAGGUCUAGGAGGUGGAAAAGCUUCAGGAGGUGGACAAGGAGGCGGAUAUGGAGGUGGACAAGGAGGCGGAUAUGGAGGUGGACAAGGAGGCGGAUAUGGAGGUGGACAAGGAGGUGGCUAUGGAGGAGGCCAAGGUGGGGGAAAAGCUGUAGGAGGUGGAUAUGGAGGAGGACAAGCAGGUGGAUAUGGAGGUGGACAAGCAGGUGGUUAUGGAGGAGGCCAAGGUGGAGGAAAAGCUGUAGGAGGUGGAUAUGGAGGAGGACAAGCAGGCGGAUAUGGAGGAGGGCAAAGCGGCGGAUACGCUGGAGGAAGCGGAAAAGGUAAAGGUGGUGGUGGAGGUGGAUAUGGAGGUAGCAGUGGAGGUUAUGGGGGCAGUGCAGGUGGAAAAUCAGGAGGUGGAUACGGUGGUAGCUCAGGAGGUGGAGGAUAUGGCGGAAGUUCAGGCGGCGGAUAUGGUGGUGGCUCAAGUGGAGGAUAUGGUGGAAGCUCAGGAGGAGGAUCUGGUGGAAGCUCAGGAGGAGGAUACGGUGGAAGCUCAGCCGGAGGAUACGGUGGAAGCUCAGGAGGAGGAUAUGGUGGAAGUUCAGGUGGAAAAUCAGGUGGUUAUGGUGGAGGAAGCUCUGGCGGAUAUGGUGGUAAAUCAGGAGGAGGUGGUGGAUAUGGUGGAAGCUCUGGCGGCGGAGGGUAUGGUGGAAGCUCCGGUGGUGGAGGAUAUGGCGGUAGUUCUGGUGGUGGUUAUGGAGGUAGCUCCGGAGGAGGAGGAUAUGGUGGAGGAGCAGGAAAAGCUAGUGGAGGAUAUGGUGGAAGUUCUGGAGGUGGAGGAGGGUAUGGAGGUAGCUCUGGUGGAGGUUAUGGUGGUGGAGCAGGAAAAUCUGGUGGAAGUGGCGGUCUUCAAGGAAUAACAUUAGUUGGAAUCAAACUGAACACAGUAUCCCUCGGCGGAGUUGGUGGAAAAUCUGGAGGUGGUGGAUAUGGUGGAUCUUCUGGUGGUGGAUACGGUGGAUCUUCAGGUAGUGGAUAUGGUGGCGGAAGUUCUGGCGGCUAUGGAGACGCUGGAGGCAGCUAUGGAGGAGCUGUUGCAACAGGAGGACACGGUGGAUCUAGUGGAGGAUAUGGAGGUUCCUCUGGUGGUUAUGGAGGAUCUUCCGGAGGAGGAGGAUACGGAGGUGGAAAAUCUGGAGGUGGAAAAUCUGGAGGAGGAAAAUCUUCUGGUGGAGGAGGAUAUGGCGGUAAAUCUUCUGGUGCUGGAGGAUAUGGAGGUUCUAGCGGAUACUGAGGCGGAAGACGUUCUCGCCAAAAAGAUAAUUUAUGAUUGCCAAUUGUACAGAUGUCCCCAAGUCAAGAAAACAGGAAAGCAAAUGUCCAAAGAGACUCAAAACAAAAGAUGCUUAGUUAUUAUUCCUCACUUGGAUAGUUGUGCCAGCAAUGACAAUAUUGUGAAGGACUAUUAUUGCAAUCGAAGCAGUAAGAAACGCCGUCUAAUGUGCCGCCGCAGGAUGCCAAGGAUCAGAAGAAGAAAACGAACAAACUUUGUGCAAUAAAAUAACAGAACGUUCAGAAAAAGAAACUUUAAAUGUAAAUGAAAACGCAUGAACUGCACAAUAUAUUCUGUAGACAAAGGGACUAGUGUAAUUAAAGAUGUUUAUUUGUAAAGUAAAAGCUAAGUACUGUAUUUAGUGCUUUUUAUUAAUCUUUAGUUUUCCUCUUCACCAUAAUGAAAAAUUCAGACAGUUACAUUCACAUAUUUGUUGUGGUGUUCAAAGAUUAAAGAUGUUUAUUUCUAAAGUAAAAA